AUGUUGUGGACACGGACGACGAAGCUGAUCGUGGCGCCGAUCUAUCUGAUCCUGAUCUCGAACGGCCUGAUCAACUCUCUCUACUUCUACCUCGAUGCGGGUGCUCAACGAUGCUUCAUUGAAGACCUUCCUCUGGACACAAUCGUCAAUGGCAAAUAUAAAGGCGAGGAAUACGAUAACACAAAACAUAUCUAUCAUGUCAACCCUCAACUCGGCGUGCAGAUCACCGUCACAGAGGUAGAAACACAAGAAAAAGUAGUCAAUACACGAGGGAUUCCGGAGGGCAAGUUUACAUUUACGUCGCAUGGAGCAGGAGAGCACCAGAUCUGUUUACGGACGAACUACACGGGAGGAUGGUUCUCGACCCCGCAGGUGAAGAUGCAUCUGGACAUCACCGUUGGCGAGAGUCGACUGGACCAGGACUACGAGAAGGAGCAUGUUCAGGACCUUGCUGGCCGGGUCAAGGAACUCAACAACCGGCUCCAGGAUAUCCGGCGCGAACAGCAGUUCCAACGCGAACGCGAGAUCCAGUUUCGUGACCUUUCCGAAAAAACUAACCAUCGUGCCGUCUGGUGGAGUCUCGUCCAGAUCGUCGUCCUCUUCUAUAUGUGUGUCUGGCAACUUCGCCAUCUCAGAGGUUUCUUCGAGAGCAAGAAACUCAGAUAA